AUGAUUAUUCGACACGCCCAUUGGCGAUCCCUCCACGCGGAUGUCCAGCUUACCCUUGCCACUUUAAGAAGAGACUACUGGAUACUUCGCGCUCGCAGUUUGGUGAGGUCGGUGCUGCAUCAAUGCGUCACAUGCGCACGAGAGAGAGUGGUCGUUCCGGUCCAGUUAAUGGGUCAGCUACCUCGCGCUCGCGUAUCUGCUCCGGCCUGCGCUUUUCUCAAUUGUGGCGUAGACUUUGCUGGCCCCGUGGCAACACGAGCAUCCUCCGGCCGCGGAAUAGCAUCACGCAAGGGAUACAUCGCGGUUUUCAUUUGUCUUGCUACUCGUGCUGUGCAUCUGGGGCUCGUGGGCGGUUACUCGACGUCGGCUUUCCUUCACGCAUAUUCAAGGUUUUGUGCCCGACGAGGUUUGCCCACGGACGUGUACUCGGAUAAUGGGACGAACUUUAUCGGUGCUGAUAAAGAAUUGACCAAAGCUUAUCGCGACACGUUGCGAGACCCUGACUUUUUAAAUAGAACUGCAUCGGAUAGGAUGUCGUGGCACUUCAUGCCACCUCACGCCCCUCACUUUGGAGGAUUGUGGGAGGCGGGAGUUCGGAGCGUAAAGCACCAUUUGCGGCGAAUUCUCGGCUCUCACACAUUAACGUUCAAAGAGCUCGCAACUCUUCUCUGCCGAAUCGAAGCGUACUUAAAUUCCAGACCACUUGACCUCUUACAGAUUCAUUUAACGAACUUGCGCUAUUGA